UCGUGUUGAAAUUUCUCUCUCAAAAAACUUUGUAGCGUGGCUGUGUAGUCCCUUGACGCUGCCGCAUCACACUAGCUUACUUUACUUUUCUCUUCAAUCCCAAGCCUUUUCCAUCUCCACUCACCUCACAGCUUAAGGUUUAUCGGUCUUACAUACCCUUCAGAAAAAAACCCAUUCUUUCUUUUUCAUUUUUGGUGAAUAAGUAAUAAUUAUAUAGACUAUAAUAUAAUGUUUGAUUUUGGUGAUGAGUUGAUAAUUGAGAGCUACAAAAUCCCAUGGCUAAUAUGGAUUCAGCUUCUUGCAACGAUUCUGUUUAUCAUCCUUCUUUUCGGAAUCAGCGUCUGCACUUCAGACUCCGCGGCCUCCUCCGCCUCCACCAGCAUCUCCGCUUCAACAUCAACGGGCCGCGCCGCCAUUGCCCCACCACCCAACCUCAACGACCCCAGUUCUUCUCAAAGAGUCAAGGAGGAGGAAAUCCAACAAGUCGAGAGGAAUGGAGAAGCAAGUGGAGGGACAAUCAUAGAUGUCGACCAAGGUCGAGAUGAACCUUCAUUGAAUGAUUCUGUGCUUCAGAGGCUUUUUAAGCAUCCAGCCCAUCCUUGCAACUAUCUUGGACUAGCUAAACAAUCAUUCCUCAAGUGUCUUGGAUUAGAUACCAGCUCCAAGAGCCGAAGCAACGAAAAGUAUAGGAAACAAGACUGACGUAUGCUCUCUCUUUUUCUCGCGCACACACCCAUUUACUUAAUUCAAAUGAAUCCCUGUUUAAAAUGAGUAGAAAGAAGUCCUUUUCGUUCAUCUAAAAGCAUAAUCUUCGAAAAAUUCAUAUAGCCAGAUAAGGAUAUGAAGUGAUAUUACUCUUUGUUGCAAGAUCAUAUUUGCUGUAGUCCACUUAAAAUGAUGACGAGAAGAUGGAGAAGUACAACAUCCAGGUUUUAAACUCUUCAAUCUGUAAAUAGUGAAUGUAACUGUAACCUUUGUGACUUCAAACCAUUAGCUCUUUUGCAUUUAACUGGA